UAGCACGUGUUAAGUGAUGUUUGGCCACGGUUAAUGGAAGCGCGUGCGUGGCUGGGUUGUUCGUUCGUGUCUCCGUUCACAACUGUGUCCAUGUCCUCCUUCAUUUCUUCCAUCGUGCCCCUUUUAAGUCAUAACCCUUACCUUCAAAUUCUCCCCAAACCCUAACCCCCUUCUCCCCUCUCUCUCCGUCGAUUCGCCACCGCUGCGUCUCUCUUCUCCCUUUCAAUCUCUUUUUCAGAUCACUUUCUCUCUCAUUCUUUUCCACCGCAACGCAACUUCUUCUUGCUCAACGGUUCGUAUCCGCCUCCAUCGCUUCCGUUCCUUUCCUUUUUCUUGUGUAUGCGAUUUUUCUUGUUGCUGCUUGGGUACGGGAGUAGUGUACCAAUGAGUUCUCGGACAGGCAAGGGACCUGCUGUCAGAAGCUACCGGAGGAGAAAGGCAGUUUUGGACCUUGACCUUAAUCUUGUGCCGGCUAGUGACAAUCGUGAGCACGAGGGACCUUCAACACAGUCAGGGCCACUAGGAGUUAUAGUUGAACAGCAGCCACCGGCCUCUCAACCAACGAUGAUUGAUGUGGAAGACAUUGAUGAUGAUGUUGUUGAAUGUACCCCAGGCGCUUUUGCUGAGGCUAAAAACAAAUCAAGAAGAAUCCGUGGGAGGACUAUAGUUGAUGUUGAACUAGAAGAUCAGACUCGGCGCAACAAGCGCAGACGAGAAUUGCGAAAUCAAACAAUUAUUAAUUGUGAGAAGUAUAUAAAUUUAGAAGGCAGUAGCAGUUCUAUGAGUGAUAGUGCUAAAGUGCUUCCUGAACCUCGAAUUGAGCCUGUUUUCAACUGUCCAAUAUGUAUGGGUCCUUUGGCAGAAGAAAUGUCGACAAGGUGUGGUCAUAUUUUUUGCAAGAAUUGCAUCAAGGCUGCUAUAAGCGCUCAGGGAAAAUGCCCUACCUGUAGAAAAAAGAUUACUGUGAAAGAGCUUAUAAGGGUGUUUCUCCCAUCAACUAGUUGAAGGCUUUCCUUACAAGCUUGUAGUCGGGAUGGAUAUUGGGGGAUGUAAGAAACGUCAUUGUACUUUGGACAUUACUGAAUGGCUGUGUUGUUUCUAAUACGUUCCCCAAAUCAGAGAUACUUAGUCUAUUGUCGAGUAGAUGUAUCUCAUUAAAAUAUCGUAUUAUUAAUAACAUUAUUAAGACGUUUGGUAUAUGUAUAAUUCGUUGCUCAGGCUUUCUUAUCCUUUCAUGUUAUGAACUCUCGGUCAAUUCCUUUUAGUGAUAUUACAUGGCCGAGAGGCCGAUCAAGAGUCAUUAUUAAGAGUGGGGAUUUAUGCCAUAUAAAUCCCUCACGAAUGGGUAGUAAUCCUCUGCUUUAUUGUUAUUGGCUUAGAGAAGCGGGUGCCAAAAUGAAUAACAAUGUUAUUUGAGAACUGUUAUGCAAUACUA